UUUUUGGAGUAUUAAAAUAUGGUAACCCUAGAAUAGAGUGGGGCCUUGCUUAAGGAAGGUGCACAAGGUAAAUUUCCCCCCCCAGCUAAGGUGUGGUGAGGGUAGAAUUGAGCAGCAUGAACAAGGAUUUGUGAGAUCUGGGAUGGCGCAGCAUAGGGGAAAUUGUGUAAUUGUACCUACUGCCAUGCGAAGUGGCUGUAUCACGUUGACACAGAGCCACCUGCUUGGAGUUUUGCAGAAUGGGCCUUAGGAGAUUUAUCCAAGCCUCUUAUUUCCAAUGUGCCAGAACAUCAGGAAUCCUAAAGCAUGUACGAUACAAACCUCCAAGUUUGGUACAGCGGAGGCAUUCUGGUUCAAGUCUCUAUAAAGCUGUAAUCUUUGACAUGGGGGGAGUUCUUCUCCCUUCCCCUUACCGGGUGGCUGUAGAAUGGGAGGUGCGGCACCGUAUUCCACCUGGCACUAUCAAACAAGCCUUAAUAUCUGGAGGGGAGAACAGGCCCUGGAUGAGGUACAUGAGAGGGGAGCUGACAUCAGCGGCGUUUUUGCAAGAAUUUGGACAGCAGUGCUCUGAGAUUGCAAACUUCUCUGUUCCAGUGGACUCCUUUCUCUCUGAUCUAACCAGUAGUCAGAUGUCAAAACAGCUCCCCAUUAUGACUGAAGCUUUAGAGUGUAUCCGGGCAGAAGGUCUUAAGACAGCUGUUCUAAGCAAUAACUUCUACCUUCACAGUGGGGUGAGCUUUUUGCCCCUAGACCGAAACCAGUUUGACGUGUUAUUUAUUUUGGAAUGCUGCCACCUUGGGCUCCAGAAUCGAAGCUUAAAUCUAGUUGGGAGAGCGUCUCGCUCUGCCAUGGACUCAUCAAGAGGGAUCGAUUUUAAAGUAAUUGAAUCUUGCCGGGAAGGGAUAUGCAAACCAGACCCUCGUAUCUAUACGUUAUGCUUGGAGCGCUUGGGUGUUCAGCCAAAGGAAUCCAUCUUUCUUGAUGAUAUUGGGCAGAACUUGAAAGCAGCCGCCCAGCUUGGCAUUAAGACAGUGAAGGUUGAUGACCCAGAAGCAGCUCUCAAAGAGUUAGAAACCUACUUGGGCUUCCCUCUGUGGGGAUUUGUUCCACAAACUCGCUUAGUGAGACCAACAAUGGAAAUCCCAAAAGAUCCCCUACAGAAGUACCUUGAAGAGGUCCUAGGUGGCCGGACAACAGGUCCUCUGAUAUUACGACAGUUCAGUCAUGGACAAUCGAACCCCACUUACUAUAUCAAGUUUGGGGAUCGUCACUUAGUCCUGAGGAAGAAACCUCCUGGCAACCUACUUCCAACUGCUCAUGCUGUGGAGAGGGAGUACAGGGUAUUGAAGGCUCUUGCUGAGGCCGGAGUUCCUGUUCCUAAAGUGCUUGCACUCUGUGAAGAUUCAAGUAUCAUCGGCACCCCAUUCUACCUGAUGGAAUACUGCACCGGCCACAUCUACAAGGACCACUCUCUUCCUGGCCUGGACCCUGGCCAGCGGAGGGCUAUUUACACGGCUAUGAACAAAGUCCUCUGUAAAAUCCAUAGAGUAGACCUCAAAGCGGCUGGACUGGAGGAUUAUGGGAAGCACGGUAACUAUGUUCAACGGCAAGUUCAAACCUGGACGAAGCAGUAUCGAGCCACAGAAACCCACGCUAUUCCUGCCAUGGAGAGACUCAUUGAGUGGCUCCCGUUGCAUCUCCCAGGGAACCAGAAGACCACAGUUGUGCAUGGAGAUUUCAGGCUGGAUAACCUGAUUUUUCAUCCAGAGGGGCCAGAAGUCCUUGCUGUCCUCGACUGGGAACUUUCUACCUUAGGAGAUCCCAUCUCUGAUGUGGCGUACAACUGCAUGGCCCACUAUGUGCCUUCUCACUUUGAUAUGUUGAAAGGUUUGAAGGACUGUGAUGUAACGCAGUUGGGAAUUCCCACAGCAGAGGAGUAUUUUCAGAUGUAUUGUGAACACAUGGGAAUUCCACCCAUUGAGAACUGGAAUUUCUACAUGGCCUUUUCCUUUUUCAGAGUGGCCGCCAUCUUGCAGGGUGUGUACAAACGCUCGCUCACAGGUCAAGCAAGUUCAGCUACAGCUGAAAGUGGCGGAAAGCAGGUGGAGCUCAUGGCCAACUUAGCGUGGGACUUUGCUACAAAAGAAGGAUUUAGAGUGUUUAAAGAAUGUCCAGCUGCAAAACCUUUCGCAAGACCUUACAGUACCUGGACCAGGAAUGGGGCAUUCUCCAGGAGAAACUAUGUCACCGUGGCACCUUCCUCACCAGCUCACACUUCCAAAGCUCAUCUUAUUCUUUCUCCUGACGGCCUUCCCGGGAGAGCCCAGGAUCUUUACCGCAAGCUGAGGCGAUUCAUGGAAAUCCAUGUCUAUCCUGCUGAGCAGGUUCUGAGAGAUCAUCAGGUUUCACAGUCUAGAUGGACUCCACAUCCUCUUAUAGAAGAGCUGAAGGACAAGGCAAAGGCUGAAGGACUGUGGAACCUUUUCUUACCUGUGGAGAAUGAUCCAGAAGUGAAAUAUGGAGCAGGCCUCACAAACCAAGAGUUUUCCCAUUUGUGUGAGCUCAUGGGAACAUCACUGUUUGCACCUGAGAUAUUCAACUGCUCUGCCCCUGACACUGGGAACAUGGAGGUGCUGGUUCGCUAUGGGACGGAAGAGCAGAAGGAACGCUGGCUGCAGCCUCUGUUGGACGGGAAGAUACGCUCGUGCUUUGCUAUGACUGAGCCGCAGGUUGCUUCAUCUGAUGCCACCAACAUCGAAGCUUCAGUCGUAGAAGAAAAGGGUUUCUACAUUCUAAAUGGGCAUAAAUGGUGGAUUUCAGGGGCCCUGGAUCCUCGGUGCCAGCUCUGUGUGUUUAUGGGGAAGACCGACCCUGAAGCCCAGCGCCACAAACAGCAGUCAAUGCUCUUAGUUCCCAUGGACACUCCGGGCAUAACCGUCACCAGGCCUCUCAGUGUAUUUGGCGAAGAAGAUCCCCCAGCUGGCCAUGGAGAGAUCUUAUUUGAAAAUGUGCGAGUGUCCAAAGAAAAUAUACUGCUGGGACCUGGCCGAGGCUUUGAAAUUGCACAAGGGAGACUAGGCCCCGGACGGAUCCACCACUGCAUGAGGCUCAUUGGCUAUUCCGAAAGGGCGCUGGCGCUCAUGAAGAAGCGAGUGACGUCUCGUGUGGCCUUUGGGAAACCCCUAGCCGAACAGGGCACUAUCCUGGAAGACAUCGCCAAGUCCCGCGCUGAGAUUGAGCAGGCCCGUCUUCUUGUCCUGAAGGCUGCCCUCCUCAUGGAUACAGCUGGCAACAAGGCAGCUGCUCUAGAGAUCGCCAUGAUCAAAAUGGUGGCUCCAUUGAUGGCUCUGCGGGUCAUUGAUCGUGCUAUCCAGGCCUUUGGAGCAGCAGGUCUCAGUAACGAUUACCCACUGGCACAGUUCUUCGCCUGGGCGCGAGCCCUGCGUCUCGCCGAUGGACCCGAUGAAGUUCACAGGACAGCCGUCGCUAAAUUGGAGCUGAAACGCUAGCCCUGGCCCGCUGUGAAAAACAACCACUAGGAAGCGGAAGAGGAAUUUCCCAGCUGCAGCCUUGGGAUGUGUAAAUGUGAGGGGGGGACUCUGAUGAACACAGGGUGUUUGUGGGUGGUGAUAGCGCUUUCAUUUCAAUGUCCUUGCAGAUUGCCAGACCCCUUGAGGCAACGUGCUUCCCAGUUGGCUUUAAUGCUGGGCUCAUUUGGUGGUGGAACAAAAAGCAGAAAAUAUGUCCUUGAGCCACUCAGAGUGGCCUUGCUCCAGGCAGCAAGUCGCGGCCUUGCUCUCAGGCUUCCUGGGCUAGCAAGUGGUCAGCCUUCAGGGAUGGAGAGGAAAGAGUCUUGUCACCUAGCAGCAGCCCCUCCAAGGGCCUGCUCUGGAAAGACUCAUUGACUUUAGUGGGCAUUAGAUCAGGCCCCAGUUGGCUGAGGUGCUGACUGGUUCGAAGGGAACCCUGCUCCUCGGAAGGGACGGAGGCCCAGGCUGGGGUGAAGUGAGGAGGGGAAUUGGGUGGCUCCUGAGAACUCUGCCAAGGACGCGAGCUCUAGUUCUGUGAUUUGCUGUGUUUGGGGCAUGGGGGUUGCCAUUUGCCACCCGGAUACACUUGAUCACACUUCUGUAAUUCACGUCGCUCUGCGGAGAGAAAAGAAUCAUGGAAGGAAUUGCGCUGAUUUCUGUGCCAUUCGUUAGUAACGUCGGAUCAAAUCAGAAUAAAAACAAUGGACCCGG